GGGGAAGGGAGGUAACUCCGAAGUUGGAACUGCAGUUCAAGGGUGUGUCUCGCUGCGGUGAAGUUUGCACAUUUAAGGCAUUUUGGGGUCAGAAAUUUUUAACUGAUUUCUGCUUAGGAACCACUACCUGACCAUGACUAUAACAUUUUGGAGUGUCGGGAUCUACCAAACGAGGGACUACCAAACGAGGGACAUUGAUUUGAAAGGUCCUUUUCUUGCUGUUGAUAAGGUUGAAAAUCAAAGCACAGGCUGGUGUCCUGAAGAUAGCCUGCCAGUCGCAAACAGAAAAAAUGAAUCGGACAGUGUGCUUCAAGAAUGCAGAGAACAGCAAAGAGGAGGCACAGAGAAGAUUCCUCAAGCAAAGAUACGGCAGAGAGGUGGACGACAAAAACCCAGGUAUCCUAGCAGAGGAAGAAUCCCCUCCAUCUUCACAAAUCGUCAGCCUACCACAAUCAAGAGGAUGAUAAUAAUAUUGCUGUUCCUCUUCUGUGUCCUUGGUGUUGAAGGAAGCUCUUCACAGAUGGGUACCGAUUGUCGAGAUAUCAUGACAAACUGUUCACAAUAUUCAAAUAAUCAAUAUUGCGAACCAGAUCAUGACCAUGAUGAACAUGUAAAUGUCACAUGGCUGUUUCUCAACUGCCAGAAGACAUGCAUCUGCAGUCAACUAAAAGAUAAUGCAACGGAAGACACCGAUCCUAAGUGCAAAGAUUUCCAACAUUUUCUGCAGUGUCUACAACGACCACCAGCAGAGGAAUUUAGGAAUACCUGCCCCAAGACCUGCUUCUACUCUGCGACGCCUAAUUUCCUGACAUCCCCCAAAAACCAGACCAUCAAAGAAGGAUCGAACCUUACUCUGGAGUGCUCCAUCAACAGCACAAGCCCACCGGUCAAUAUCACUUGGGUCAAGAAUGGUAAACCAAUUGUCCCUGGUAAAAGAGGGUUAGUGAGCAGCAAUUCCACCACCAGCAUGCUCACCAUCAUUGCGGCAAGUCCGUCUGACCAGGGUCGGUACUACUGUAAUGCCACCAACAACAAUUAUCAACAAUUGCUGCAAAGUCAAACAGGAUAUGUGACUAAUGAAGAAGGCGGACCUAAAAAGGCAACCAAUGAUAACACAGGGUUAACCAUAGGCAUCACUGGGGGAUUGCUGGCCAUAUCCGUAGUGGUAGUGCUGGUGGUGCUGGUGGUGCUGAAGGUGCUGAAGUUGAGGAAGUUGAGGAGCCACAAGAAGGCAGAAGAUGAUGAAGUGAAAACUGAUUUAAAUUCAAGUGAUUAACCUAUCUUGUUGUUACUUAUUACAAAUACAUGAUGACGUCACAUGCCCACGGAAUGAUAUCCACAUUGAUUGUGUACCUUACUUUUGUAAUUCAUUAUUUCGUAAUCUUUUGACUAUUUAGCACAAUGAAAACUUGAAAUGAUCAGAUUUUUUGAAUUGGCUAUCUGUAGAUUCAUUGAUCACCUCGACCAUAUGGCAUGGCCUUUUCAUCUUGCAUCCACGUAGUCAGCAUUGUCUGAAACAUCUUCCCUGAAACUACUGGACCAGUGAAGCUGAGCAUACUUCUGCCUGUCAGUUGAUGACAAAUAAGUGGGAAUGAGAGGUUCCAGUUGAUUUUUAUUAUAUCCAACAUUGCAGCCUGGUUGUAAAGCUCAUUUUCGGCCAUUACACAGUCAGCUCUUCUAAAAAGGAAAUAGGACUCACAUAGGUGGCACACUUUGAUGCAACUGAAAUACUGUUCAAACGGUUACAGGCCGUCUAAGCCACAUUUCGAAAAUAGAUAGCCAAAAUUGAUGUGGCUCGCGGGGCAAUGGUUAUGGUUGUGUGAUUGUGGAAUGUGGCUCUCGUGGCUAUGCUGUCAAAACAUGCUUUGUGAUUCUAACAGGUUACCGUAUUUAACAAAACAAGUCUUGUUUUCUCAUUUUUUUAUUCAGAUCAUAACAGGGAUAAUAUAUUCAACAUUACAUUGAUGGAUAUCAUGACAGGUCAUAUUACAUUGUCACAUUACAGGUCAUGAUUGUGUUAUGAAUUGUUGUGUAGCCCAUCUAAAACAAUGACAAUGUUUGCACUUACAUGUAAGACACAGAUGUAUUACGCUACUGCAUGACUUGAUGAUGCCGAACACUACCAUAAUGUCAUUACUGCAGAUGAAGGAGGUCGCCCACGUGGUCAGCAUAUUCCAUCUCAGGAGCUGGGUCUUGAGCGAUGCAAUACAAGCAUCGAUUUCUUUGUACUUCCUUCUUCGUGAAGGUUCUGACCACUGGUGAGAGGGUCUCAGGACUGCAACCUCUGUGAGUGACUCCUCUGCCACUUUCAAUGAACUUUAUUUGAACUUGUGCAUUUACCAUGGUUCUGACAUGGAGUGAACAGGACGUCACUUAAAUAUGUUAUAAAUAACAGGAUUAACUCAAUGUCAUUUAAGACCGCCAUUGAUCUCUAAAGAACACCACGCUUAGUAAUCUGUACAAGCUAAUUGAGGUGAGUUUACUCAAUUUAAAUGUGGGACACUCAUUUAAAGGUAUCGGUAAUCUGAUUAAUUAAUUACCGGCUAGAGUAGGUGAAAUGCGCACAGCUGAAAAUGUGGCGCAUUCUGCAAUAGUCAUUUUUUUAAAUGUGGCUCAACCGGCUAGACACCGUUCAAACUCACUCACUCACUUAAAAUGUAACAUUUCUUGAAAACAUCAUCUGUACAAAAACACAGCAUUCUUAGAAAGUUGGAACGUUGUCUCAGAGUUUGAUCUGAAAGGUAUUAUGAUUUGCAUCUAUUUGGACAGAAAUGGAGGAGGUUAAAGAGAUUUUCUACUUUCUAGUUUUACAAAAAGAUGUGCUUUGACACAUCAGCAGUUUCAGAAAAUUGUCAAAUUCGAUAGCUGGCAUUAUUUUCCAAAGUUCAAGAAAAGUUAAAGUUUUUUACUUUGCCUGAUACUGACAAUGAGUAGUUUCAUGUCCAGCAUUAUGACCAGCAUUCACCUUCUGUCAAUCUUGACAAUGUUGUACUGUUGUUAAGCAUCCAUUGCUCUAGGGCUUCAUCACAAGUGGUAGACGUCUAAGACAUACAUCACUUCAGGCUUACCUCCAUUAUAUAAGCGGGCAGUCGGGUAGCCUCGUGGUUAAAGCAUUCGCUCGUCACGCCGAAGACCACGUGUAAGAUUCCCAAUUCGGAAGCCCAUUUCUGGUGUCCCCGCCGUGAUAUUUCUGGAAUAUUGCUAAAAGCGGCGUAAAACCAUACUCACUCACUCAUUAUAUAAGCGGACACACUGUGAUUUUUGAAAUAUGAAACUGUUAAAAGAUGUUAGCUGAUACCAUGUUCCUUGUCACCAUUUUGGGAGUCUUGUGAAAAACAUCAACAUUGGAAGUUUAUCUUUUAAUGGAACAAUGUGACAAAAAUACUUUAUUUGUUCUUAAAUCUUCUCAAAAAGCUCAGUGUUGACCUGUGGGUGGCAGAAAAGGGAUGUGUGGUCUACUCCUUGCAUAUCAUUAAUGUUGCACACAAAGAAAUGCUUUUAGUAUCAUAUUUCAUAUCUGUCCAUUUGCAUCAAUUGAUCUUUGUGGCUGUCUCUGUGGACCGUUAGAAUGUUGACUAUACAUGUAUAUCCAGGUGAACAGCAGUGCUUAAGGGACUACCAAUUAUGUAAGCAAAGUUUGUGAACGGAGCCUAUGAGGUCAAGAGCCUUGUCUCCUUUUUGUUUUAUGCACUAUUACGUCAUUUAUCACUAAAUCUUUCUUUUUUCUAACGCUCUUAUGGCAAGAUUCUGUGAAAAUUGUCAGCAUCAUUAAAUUAUUAAAUUAAGAAACAGCAACAAUCAAAAUCCAUUGAUUUACAUGAGUUUCAAAUUCAGAAUUCUGUGAGUAAUUUUGUGAGUAGCCAAAGACAGCCCAUAACCUCUGGUUGGUACAUACUGGUUAACAACACAUCAAAGACUUCAUUUAUGUUCUAUGGGUAUAUCCGUAGAAACGUGGAGGGUUAGAAUUGGCAGUUUUUCCCACCCACGAGGCACACGACAAAUCGGCCAUGUUGGCCAGUGUACCCCGAGAACGAGAUGGUCCUCCGAUAGUGGGGUUGGCUACCGGCUCGUGGCAACAUUUUUGUUUCUUUGUACUAUUAUCAGUCUGAGUGCGGUUUUAUGUGAGCCUGGAAAUUAUUUAUUGUUGUCUGGUGAUGUCGAUUUAAACUCUGGGCCACCUAGGUGGAUGAAUAUGCAUCACUCAAAAAGGAUAUUUUACAAGAGCUUUGAUCAAUGAAGCGUGAAUUGUCCUGAGAAAUAUGUGAAGUCAAGAUUGAUACUAGAAAAAUGAACUGAUGAUAAUUCUGAAACUCUCCAAAAGGUAAAAAACAUGGAAGCUACCUAUUGAUCGCUUGGAACAAUACAGUAGAAAGUUAAAUAUACUGCUGUUUGGUGUGUCUGACAAUGUCAACCAAAACAGUGAUAGUCUAAAGGAAACAAAAGACAUCAGCAUAGGGGUGUGGCCCAUGCCGUGCCACUUCUGCCCUUAUUAAUCCUUUCUAUUCUGUAAUAUAUCUGGACUUACAACAAAUAAAUUAAAUUGCUUCCACUUCAUUGACUAUAUAUACUGGUUUGCUAUUACUAGUCUUAGUGGAGCAUGAAUGUGACUAUUCCAUGCCUAUGAACUCCUAGCUGAGAAAAAAGGGUCAUUUAGAAGACUGUCUGGAGGAAUUGUGUUUUUUGUCAGAAAAACAUUAAAAGAUUAUGUGAAUGGUUAUGUGAUUGGCCAAAAUGUUGUGUUUAUAGUAUUUGAUAAGUCGAUACUUGAUCUAGACAAAGACUUAUUAGUUGUUUGUGUCUACAUUAACCCGUGUGGAUCAUGGUGGAAUGCAAACAAACUCUCUGGAUGUGGAAGAAGCCUAUGUUUGACUCGCUUGUUGAUGUACUUCAUACCGGGUAAGUUUGGAGAUGUACAUAUUUUUAUGGGACUGCCCCAGAUUCAGUUGUGACCUUGUGGAAAGGCUGGGAAUUGAGGAUUUCUCUGAUCUUGGUGAUAAUAUUGACAUAAAACAUUUCUCAUGUGAUGACAGUCUUAAUACAUUUGGAUAAAAACUGGUCAACUGGUUUAUUUACCUUGUGCAGCCAGUUUGAUGUCAUAUCUAGGUGAGAGUCAGAUCAUAUGCCACUCACCUGUCGAUUUCAGUCACAGUUAGAAAUAUUGCAAUGUAUUUGUAUAUAGCCUUUAAUUAUCGUGAAUCUGUAUUAUAUGCUGUGGACCAUUAAAUGUACCGUAUGCAGGAGCCGUUAUGUCAAUUUCAUCUGAAGUCACACUUCUCCCACAACUUCAUCAUGUCAUGGAUGAUAAACUGUAUAGUUCUUUUGGCUACCAUUGUGCCUAAUGUUGUUAUUGUGUAAUAAUGUAUUGUUUUUGACAUUGAACUGAUGACAUAUGACCCUUGCUUUGCCUUUGAGAAAUCGGAUUUUGACCACUUUUAAUGAUUUCCUAUGACAUACAUUAUUGCACUGACAACAUUGAUUUCCUUAUAAACAUUCAAGUCAUCUAUUAUAAACAUAUAAAAAAUGGUCUUUGUGGACUGCUAGGUGUAGUAUUGUGUUUGGGCUUGCCCUCAAAAUAAGAAAGUAACUUAGUUGCGCUUCAGUCCUGAUUCUGGUUUCCUUGAUACUUUUUCUAUGGCUGUAGUUGGGCAUCCCUGCACCCCCCCCCCCCCCCCCCCCCCCUGUGUCUCUGUAUGGGGAGUUGGACCCUACUUACACAUGUGUAUUGGCCUGUGCUCCUACAGGUUUAUUUGUGGAAGUCACACCUCAAAAAGUAGGGUAAAAACUCUUAAAUAUUAGGCUUGAUCUGUUGGAGGGAGACCAGACUUAAAUGUCUGGUGCCAUUUCAAGUGUCUCUCUAUAGAAGUUGUUCUGUCUGUUUUCCAUUAAUUUGCAAUAGUGUCUCUCUGUAAAUAGCAUUAUACAUUAUUGCUAGAUUUGUAUGUAUUUGGUAGCAAAUGAGUAAUUCUAUUUUUUUUAUUGAUUCAAUGUUAUUGCAUGAGCCUAGUCACCUUGUCCCUCUUUAAUAAAAUCUGCUAGACCACCAA